AUUAUUAUCAUCAUCAUCUGUUACGUUAAUGGUUACUCACUACGAAGGGCACGUGAUAGUUUGCGAAGGAAUAUUGACGAUAAUAACGAACUUUCACAGACUACUUUUAAUCUAUCGUCACUGAAACUUCUCAUUCCACGAAAUAAUCUAGGCGCCAAAGCAUCGACGUUUGGGUUAAUACGACCGUGUGACAUUGAAAAGAAUUCCAAUAGAAUGUGGAAGCUUCAACGAACUUGUAACUGACAGUAUCAUUGUAAGUAAUUGAGGAUCGCGACAGCGGAAGAUAGGCCUAAAAACCAAAAAAAAAAAAAAAAAAAAACUGUGUACACUAACUACACGUCUGAAUUGGAUUAUGAGGGAAUCUGUAAUGUUCAACUGGACUGCUAGUCUCCUAUUGGUGAUUUUUAUCUUCUGUAGGGAGAAAGACGCUGAGCUUUUUGUAACAUUUCACGUUUUACAGCAAUGUACUGUGCCCGACAGCUGAUUUUCUCUACUCUCUUCGCUAAACCGGGAACUGCUCAACUUGUUAAAUUAACUUGUAGAUACUUUUCGAAAUGCACGACAAUAUUGUGUCAUACGAAAAGGUACGUAUCGAGACCAUAUAGUACUGAACCAAAGUAACGAGCUAAAAGCCACAGAACAUCUUGAUUGUGGCUAGAAUAGUGCAUGUAAACUCAUUUACAACCACUGUGAAUGUCAUCGGUCUGGAACAUCUUUUCAGAUUUCCGACGCGUAAAAAUUUAACCCACUGAAGUAUAGGAUUUCAUCUCUCAUAACAUUAUAAAGUACAGUUUCUUGACUUUUCUGUUAGGCCGUUUAUUGUUCCCGCUGUACCAUUCAUUUGCAUGUGAUUUAUCCAGACAUCGUUGAAAUUCCAAGCCACAGCCAGUAUAGACGCUCUGGUGUUUACCGUCAGCAAUGUGCUCUGUUUACUGAUACACAUUAUCACACAACAGAUAACUUUGACGUGGAAGUAGGCUCGUGACUUGAGUGAUAGCACGUUAACAGAGCGUCCGAAGCAGUCGACACAAAAGGAAAAUGCAGCCGGUCAAUUUACCAUACACUGUGAAAGCAGAAGAAUCACUAACUGUGCUGAACUAUGAUGGUAUUGUUUAUGUGUCAGGUGCCAAAUGUGGAAGUGAAAAACACCCAGACAGUUUAAGAACAUCCUUGCAAAGGCUUGCCAAGAUUGAUGCUGCUGCAGAAACAAAAGUUUCUGUUCUAGAGGUGGAACUGCCAGCAGCUCGCCUUGUAUAUUCCCCUGUCGGACCACUUAAUGCUGAUUAUGAUGAUGUUAGGAGCUAUGAGGAUGCUGCAGAAAAAGGCAUAAAGAGAGCCCUGGAAGCUGGAGUAAAGGAACCUCUGCUUCUCCUACCUCAGGCAGAAAAAUCAGUACAACUUGUUACAUUGCUUGGGGCACUGAAAGCAUUAUAUGUGCCUCUUCAGCUACGUGAAGAUGUGCCCAGUAAAAGCAGUAAGGUCAAAAAUAUUGGAGUAGUUGGUAGCUGUGACCUGCAUGAAGUCAUUAAGAAUGCUGUUGCCAUCGAAAGUGGGAGGUGGACUGCUAGAGACAUUGGUGGUGGAGAUCCGGAGCGUAUGGCUGCACCACGAGUAGAGGAGUAUGUGCGCAAGCUGUUCGAAGGAAAUACACAGAUACGUAUUGAGACAGUGAGUGAUGAAAGUGUUCUGUGUCAAGAGUAUCCACUGUUUGCCGCUGUCAAUAGAGCAGCAAGUGUAAUAGAGAGACACAAGGGCCGCAUUAUUUACUUGACAUACGAUUCAGGGGAUACUAUUAGUCAAACCCUGCUCUUGGUGGGUAAAGGAAUAACCUAUGACACAGGUGGUGCUGAUAUUAAAGCUGGAGGAAUUAUGGCAGGAAUGUCUAGAGAUAAGUGUGGAGCAGCUGCUGUUGCUGGAUUUAUGCAGGUUGCAGCACUGUUGAAACCUAAAUCUACAAAGAUUGUUGGAGCACUCUGCCUUGCACGAAAUAGUGUUGGUGAGAACUGUUAUGUAGCUGAUGAGGUUAUAACAUCCCGGAGCAAAGUUAGAUUACGUGUCGGCAAUACUGAUGCUGAGGGACGUAUGGUGAUGGCAGAUGUUUUAUGUAGGAUGAGAGAAAUAGCUAUGAAUGAAGUGAAUCCACAUCUCUUCACAAUAGCAACUCUUACUGGGCAUGCUGUUCUGACAUAUGGAGAAAAUUACACGGUUCUGGUGGAUAAUGGACCUGCCAGGGAAGAACAGUCAGCCCAGAAACUGCAAGCUGUAUCGGAAUCUGUUGGUGAUAUGAUUGAAAUCAGCACUGUUCGACGGGAGGACUUUGAAUUCAUUAAAGAUAAAGCUGAAGUGGCUGAUGUGCUCCAAAGCAACAAUGAACCCUCAUCACGGACUCCAAGGGGGCAUCAGUUUCCAGCAGCCUUUCUUCUGAGAGUGUCAGGACUUGAUAAAAAUGGAAUUGGGUCUGCCAAGCCAAUGAAGUAUACCCAUGUCGACAUUGCAGGUUCUUCUGGUUCACUGCCAAAUGAACCGACAGGAUGUCCAGUAGUUGGAUUCUCUACAUAUUUUCUUCUUCCUCAUGUUAACUAAAGAUAUUGUAUUUAUAUCUCAUGAUCUCAGUAUGUAACGGUCGGGUGCUUAAUAAUAUAUCAAAGAACUGUACUUACUCUUUUACUUGUUGUUUUAUAUACAAAAUGUACUUAUGUUGUUGUUAUGCCAAUUUAAUGGGCUAUUUCUGAAUAAAAAGUAUAUAAAUAAAUAAAUAAAUAAAUAAAUAAAUACAACUGUUGUAUUCUACACAACAAGCUCUAGUUUCCUAUCAAAAUUAAGACACACUCGCUUUAAGGUUGUAAGCCUGUAUGUGAUACAGUUUUCUAUAUUGUGUAUGCAUUUUUAAUUUUUGUAACCUAUCAUUACACAUUCAACAAAAUUAGAAAUGUUUACUACAUUUCAGUGUAGUAAGUUCUCAUAAUUGUAAUAACAAUAUGACUCAAAUUACCUUGUGCCCCUUCUCCUACUCUCCAUCUGAAGUUUUGUGUUGUAUCUAGGAUACCAUUAAAAUGUGUGGCAGAUUGUGCUACUUUUCUUUGAACAUUUGUCAGUUAUAUAGAGCCAUUCUGAACAUAUCAAGAAUUGCUAGGUAGUUGAAUUCUGGUGCACUUCUAAGAAAUACAUGCUUUUUUAUUUAUUUUUUA